UUAUUCAUGCGCAGCGUCAAAAUGGCCGCCAGAUUCCUGUUCGGAUCUGUCAGCCAAACGACAGAAUAAAUCUACGUUUUCUUUUUGUUGAUACUUAUGCGUUAAAAUAUUAAAAUGGCAUCAGGAGGCCAGAACCAAAGGAACCCAAAGACAUCAGCAUCAGAACCUCGGCAGAGAACAAGCUGGCAACGGACAACCAGUAUGUCAGAUAAAGAUGAUAAUGUUAGCCUUAAUAGCUUUCCAAAUGAUCUACGGCCAAAUAACUGGGAUAUUUCUGACUGGAGGCCAGCUGGAAAUAAAGACCAGACUAAGAGACGAAAGAAAGGUAACCCAGAGUGGGAACGAGAACAGUCUCUUACACAGGACUCACCACCUCCGUCAGAAAGACAACAUGGCACCCCACGCACUUUCCCAAGGACUAAAAUAACCCCCAGUACCCCUACCUCUCAAAGAGUAGCUCUUGAAAAUCUCCGACAAGCUAUGACAUUUAGUGAUCAAGAAGAUGGUGUGAGUAAUGAUGGAGAGAGGAAUAAUGAAAGAAAUUUGUUACGUAGACGAGAGAAUUUACCAAACUAUGGAAGACAGGAAAGUGGAGGAAACGUUGAGACUCAGUUGUCAAGGCCAGUACCAAAUCAACGUGAAGAUAGGAAUAACAGAAACAACAACAAGCAGAAUCAGAACGAGGCUAGAGCAGCAACAGUGGGAAAACCUGACAGUAGCCAGAUUGUUGGGCGACUGAUGCAGAUUCGAGAUUACAUCAAACAAGCUAGUUCUAUGAUGGACUCUCUAAGAAAAUCUGGAGAUCCGCCGGGAUACAGAGAUGAGAUGGAUCGGUUACAGAAGUUGAUGGAUCACCUUAAGGAACAAGAAAGGGGUUACACGGGGCUUUUACAAACUUUGCUUUCUGUCCGAGACGAACCCGAUGUGAAUGAUGCCAGUCGUGAAAUGACUCCAAAUGCUGAAACACUAGAUGACACAAGAUCAGUGGACCUUGAUAUUCAGUCAGAGUUGUCCGACAGAGAGGAGAGGCCAGUGAGUUCAUCUUCAAGGCCCAGAAUUGAGGAUAACCUUGGCUUGACUUCUGAUAAUGAUGGUGAAGUGGAAGAAGGGGUUCCAUCGGAAACAUCUGAAAAUUCUAGUACAAUGGAUGACACUGUGAUAUCAGCUAGGAAAAACGAAGAAUGGGAUUAUGAAUUGGGAGAGUCUGAGCUUGCAUUGGGUGGGGUCAACAAUCCGCGUGAGGCAGCUGAGACUCUGGUAGCAUUGAGGCAGCAACAAGAACUCCUGCAGAAACUUAUUGAACAACAGGAACAGAUGCGAGCAUUGAGAGGCAGGCAGGCUGCACUCUUAGCACUGCAACAGGAUGCUGAGGCCAAACUUGCUACCACUAGACAGAAGAGUAAUGAAGCACGUUCUGUCUCUAAUACCUUGGAGGAGGCUGCAGCUUUUAUGACAAACAGGGUAGACUCACUGUCAGCAGCUGGUGGAGCAUCAGGGAGUAAUGCUACUCGUCAGCAGCAGGCUGACCCAGAAUUGCUGGACAUUAGACAGCAAUUACAAUACCUCAGAAAUGAGCUCAAAUCUCAGGAUCAGAAUACCCAAGCUCAGGCUGCCACUGGAAGAAAUCUGCAGAGUAAUCGUCCUAGAGAUGCUAGACCUAAAAACCAGCCGCCACCCAGACCACCCUCGCCAAAGUUUGCUGACAGACCGACCAGUGAGAGAGAGGCUCAGCUUGUGAGAGACAUGGUACCACCGACUGAAAUGAGUAAGGACCAACUGCAGGCAAGGUUACAGGAGUUACUUGGCAAGAAAGAUCAACUGGACAAGCUAAUUCAGGAGGAGUUUUCAAACCCUAUGUUGCCAAUGCCAACAGAACAAAUGAAUCGAGAUGAGCUACAGAACAAACUGAGAGAACUGCAGGGUAAGAAGAAAAGAAUGGACUCCAUGUUGCAAGAGCUACAGUCCUUGAGAAGUAAUCCAGCCUUCCUACUGAAUAAUGCUUUAUCUGAGGCUGGAAAUAGAACAGCUCCGACUCCCCCAUCAGCUGAAAUGGAUCCUGUCAACACUUCAACAGAAGGAACAGACAAUCUUACCAAUGGAGUACUGGAAAUGUUAGAUUCCAGACAGAAGAUGCAGAAAUUGAAUGAAGUUAAGGACAGACUGUCUCAGCUAAAGUCUUUGGUUCACAUGUACGAGAGUACAGAAGGUGCUUCAGGUAGCAGAGAGCAAGUUGACAAUGAAGAUCAAGCUUCAGUACCGGCCUACAGUGAUUAUGGUGUUGAGGCUGAAGUUUCUAGGGAUAGAGGGCCAGACAGAGAGCCCCAACAAGUUAAAGCAACAGUAAAACCUCAGAUAAACAUCCCAGUACGACCACAGCAACAAGCUCUUGAAGAUUCUGAUGAAAAUAACAGUUCAUCAUCAUCAUCAUCCUCGUCAUCAUCGGAAAGUGAGACAGAAUCACAGCUCUCUAGUCUGGGACCAUGGGGAGAUGAUCCGGAAAUACAGGAAAAAGUCAAAAAACUGAAAGCAGCUAAGGAGAAGUUAAAGCAUUUACAGAAUCUGGUAGCAAUAGUGCAGCACUCGCCAGGUAUGGCUGAGGAGUUACCUGAUAAUCUAGCUGAGAUUGCAGCAAGUAUGGAGGAUGUAGAAUCUCAGCUUACACAGACGGAUGAUAGAAAUAAUGCCAGUGAGGGAGAAGUUCCAAAUCAGACUGAGAGGGAUGCAUAUUACCAGGUAAAGAUGGAAGAACAAAUGAAUGAGUUAGAGGACUUGCAGAAUGAGAAAUCUCGCCUUCUUGCUAUACAAACACAGUUACAGUCUUUACAUGACAAAUUUACACAGGCUGAGGCAGGAAGACAACCACAGGAAGGUCAGGACUCGAGGGAUGGUGCAAGACCGAAGUCCCCUAUGCAGGCAGAACCAGGUGUUCAACAACAAGAUAACAGCCAGCAACAGUCUGGUGGUCCAAGUGUCACAUUUUCUUCCAAUGAUGAAGUGUAUUACAAGAUGAGAAAUCAGCGCAUGUUACGGGAGGAGUUGAGGGACAAGAAAAAACAGCUGGAGUCUAUCAUGAAGAAAGACAGGAAUAAAAAACAGUAUUACAAAAACCAGGAUAAUCAGAGUGAUACAGUGUCCUACAGCACAGAAAUGUUUGGUAUGGGUGCAAGUGUAGAUCAGACAAUGGCUACCUGGGGAGGCUCUACUGUAGAUAACCUGGAAAGUAUUACAGAAGAUGGUGCUGCACAAGAUAAUGAUGAAGAUGAGGAAGACGAUGAUGCAUAUCCGAUAGAUGGUAUUCUUCAAGUGGAGGAGGAGGAAGAAGAGAAUCAGUCAGAUAAUGAGACAUACACCAUAGAAGAUGAUGUAAGACAGAGACGAAAGGCCCGCGCUAUGGCCAAGUCCAGUAACCCUGAAGGAAAUACACGGAAAGGGAAGAGUAGUUUCCCUCGACCUGGUAGACAGGGUGAUACCAGACCAAAAGAAGCAUGGACAAGACCAGCUGAUUUUAAAAAAUGGUCAAGAAAAGGAAGGAAAUCUAGACAGCAAGAGAACUACAGAUCAGCUGAGGAGAUAGUACAGGAAGAUGAGGAGCCGGAUACCAGUAAAUCAGCUGUGGAAGAGCUACAAAGGAAAUUGGAGGAGACGUCUAUGUUGUGCCAGUCGUUGCUUGGUGAGAACCAGCCGACAGCCCUAUUAGGCAGACAGACAGCCGCUGGCUUUGGAAGUCAUGGUCAGCUAGACUUCCAACAGCAGCUUCAGCAGCAACAGUUGAUGAUGAGCCUGAACCAGUGUUACCAGCAGAUCUCCAUGCAGCAGAUGGAGAUGCAGAACAUGCAGAGGCAGAUGCAGGCCCUUGUCUACCAGAUCGCAGAUGGGGACGUUAACGAAUCUGGGUUUUCGUCAGAUCUUAGAGUCCGCUCUUUGUCUUCUUUGUACAGUCCGAUGUUGCCAAGGCAAUCACCAAGUGUAUUUCUGCCUCCAGGAGAUGCAUUUCAGUUUAAUCCAAUCUAUCAGCAUACGUCUCCGGCAAGUAAUCGACUCCUGCGUCGUGCUGCAGAUCCGGAGUCGGGAAACAGAUCUGACGUAGCUGAGGGUCCUGAGAGACAGAGGCGUUCAUCUCGGCAGUCAGCAAGGGAUUCAUACUCUCAAAGGAGUAAAAAGAAGUCGUUGAGCCCACCACAGCUGAAUAAUGUCCCCACACGCAGGUCGAAGACUACCUCAGUACAGACAUACCCAGAAGCAGAGGAGGAAGAAGAGGAAGCUAUGGUUUUCUGUCCAGAAAGAGAAACAUUUGAAGAUUAUCUCUCUCGGAAGAGGAGAGAGUUUUUAGAAAGAAACAAUUUACAGAAUAGAUCUCAGAGACAGUCACAAGACACAGGUGCAAGGAAAAGUAGUAAGUCCAAGUCUGGUGGCAGUGAUAGGGAGGUAUAUAGACCAGGGUUGAGCGCAGGAAUUAGUGGAGCAGGGUAUGCUGAAGAUGGACGUAGCAUUACCAGCAGUAUACAAUCUAGUGUGGCAGCAGUGUCACAAGCUAACCAGGCAGAUACAAGGGAAUCUGCUAGAGAGACAGAAGAUCCCAUGGAGAUGUCGUUAUUUGAAACCUUGCGGGAAACUAUUUAUUCUGAGGUUGCCACACUGAUAUCACAGAAUGAGAAUCGCCCCCACUACCUGAUAGAGUUAUUUAGAGAACUACAGUUACUAACUACUGACUACCUAAGACAGAGAGUCCUCUAUGAUAUCAAAGAUGUUGUCUCAAAAUACCUGGUAGAAGAGAAUUCAGUAUCUGCACCACCACCUCCAUGGUUGAACACAGCUACAGGAAACUUCACAAACGCAGAACUAACACCUAGUGAGAGUAACGUGACCACAGAUGAUGAGGAAAUCAAAUACCUGUUGCAGACAAAGCUCAAGCAGAAAGUCGCCUCCAACUUGGUAGCUAAGGAAAGACAGAAAACUGCACAGUUGAUACGGACUGGUUCCCUGAAAAAUGACAAGUAUGACUACCAGGAACAAGCUGAAGUCACGAGCUCAGUAUCAACACCAUCUAACUCUUUCUGGGAUAACCCCUUUGCUUCAGACUCACUUGGGGAAACAGUUAUAAACUUAGAUAAGACCCUGGAGAAAAUGAAAGAGUAUGAGAAGAGACUGGCUGCAAAGAAUGAAAAAGUGAAAACAGCUGAGACACGCGGAACUGAAAUAAGUGAAGUGAGCAGUUCAGCUAUGGACCAAGGAGAUGAAAGUUCAGUUAAUUCCGAUUCUGUGCCAUACCCUAGAAUAGAUACCCAACAACUAGAUCAGCAGAUUAAAUCAAUCAUGACCGAGGUUAUACCAGUGAUCAAGGAACACAUGGACAACAUGUGCUCACCACAGUUACUGGCCUAUAUCAAGAGACUUGUUCUAUCCCUAACACGACAGUACGACAGUGGAGAGGAAUUUGCUAGAUUCUUCCACAGACAACUUGGUUCUAUACUACAAGAUACACUUGCUAAAUAUGAAGGCAGAAAAAUGCGUGAAUGUGGUGAGGAUUUAUUGGUUGAUAUGUCAGAGGUACUGUUCAAUGAGCUGGCAUUCUUUCGACUGAUGCAAGACCUGGAUGAUCCUCUUAUAGCAGAGAAAAUGAAGAAAGCUGAGGCAAUAUCAGACUCGGAGGAGGAGACAGAGAGAGAUAUUGAAAAGGAGGAAAGAGAUGAAGCUGAAGGGUCAGACGAUGAGACAGACACAACAGAAACUACAGCUAAUGCCAGUGACAACCAGGAUGAUACAAGACCAACACAGACAGAGGAGGAAGAUCUCGGAAAGGCACGAGAUGAUGAGCUUGCCAAUGAAGUCGAGGUACAAGAUGCUGUUGACAAGGAUGAGGACCCAGAAUCUCCAUUUAAAGGAGUUCAGAUAGAACUUGCACCCAGUGAAACUAAACCAUACACAAGGAUUGGCAGUGAUGAAGAUGAUGAGAGUGCUGAUGAUGAAUCUCAGAGUAAUGAGGAUGAUCCUAGUGAAACGGCGGUGUCUAUCAAUGCACGUAGAAUCACAGACUCCGUUUAUACUGAUGAUAAUGAAGAUGAUGCCACACGUCAUGAUGGGUCCAUUGAAGCCGGGGCCACAAAUGAAGGUCUGGUUCCUGUGUCAUUACCAGGCCAAGAUCAGGGUAAAGAUGCUGACCAGGGAGCCAGUAGUGGAAAAGUAGAGGCUCAGUCUACAGAACUCAUGAAUGGAGACUUAAGUCCUACACAGGCCGCAGAAAAUAUGAAUGGAGAUAUUCUGAAUGGGGACAUAGAAGUAAUUACAAUGGAUGAUUUGCCAGCUUCUCUGACAGUUAUGUCGUCUGAGGACCUACAACAGAAGUUGAAUCAAGAACAACAGAACAACUUUGGUGCUGCUGCUGUGCUGGGAACCAUGGAAACAACACAGGAACUGGUGGGAGAUCCCCAAUUUCUCAAAGAACCUGAUGAGGCCAGUGGUUGAGGCAGCGUACAUUAGAGUUGGAGUGAGUUGGUGGAAAUAUCUGUGGCUAACUUGGGACAAAAGAAUGACUUUUCGAAGACUUAGUCAUUUCAAGAUACUGUCUCGUCUCGUGGCUAUUAUUAUAAGCAUGACAUUUCUAGUUGAAACAACUUAUUUAUUUUGUUUGUGAAUGUUUGCAUUGAAAUGACAUAGGUUCACUUGCAUUAUUUACCAUGUACUCUGGAGUUUUAGCUUGUUUACAGCUAUAUAUUAUGCUACAUGAAGGUUCUAUUGAACUGUUUUGAGUUGUGUUUCUGUUUCCUUCAUAUUUAAUGAAUCUCGUAUUUUUAACGCAUUUACUGAAAAACGUGGGUAAAUUUUUAAAGUUAAAAAAAAAAUAGAGUUUUUAUAGAGAAACAAUCAAGCUGGGAAGUAUUUACCUCCUGCUUAAAAAUAAAAUUGACAAAUAUUAUUGCCAGUAAAUCUGCAACUAUAUUGUAAGGUAGGGUUGGUUUUAAUAUUGAAAGUGUUAAGAAUAGGCAGUUUGUUAUUACCAUUUUGUAUUGCUUUAAAACACUAGCUGGCCAAAGGGUGUUACGAAAAUAGAAGCAUUUUUUAGAUGUAAAUGAUUUUACAAUAUAUAUGUAAAAUAUACCAAGUAAUUACACAAAAAACUUCCUAUUGUGAGUUUUAUCUAGCAUUGAAUAAAAUAGAAAAUAAUUUUUUUUGUGUAGAUAUGGGGGAGAAAACUUGUUGUGAUCUGAUUUGAAUUGUUUACUAUUUUGUAUGAAUUUUAUUAGCGAGAUUGUGUGAUAACAUUGUAGCAUUCCAAUUAAAUAAAGAAAAAACUUAUGUAGUGCUUUCUUGUGACAAAUAUUUUACAUGAAAUUCAGAUCUUUAAUGAAAUCGUUGUAAAAUGCUCUUCAAAUAAUUUACAUAGAAACUACCAUUAUUUUGAAAAAAAAAAAGAAAUCUCUGGAUUUGAUUUUUUGUGCACUGAAGGUAUGAAUGAUAGACAAAAAUGUUUGAACAGAUAAUGAAAUAUUGUUGUUGUUAAUAUGUUAGUGAGUUUCUAUUUGAAAUAAGUUAAUAUUCCUUGUUCCAUUGUUAUUGUUACCACCCAUGAAGACUCAAGUUUAGUCAUAUACAUUAUUUAAAUCCAUACUGAUACUGUUACACAUUACAAAGUCUUCUGUCCUUGGUUAGCUUGAUUUUAAGAAAGAAAAGAUGUCCACCGGUGAAGUGAGGGCUUCACACUUUCCUCAGAUAUAUUGGAAUUGUUCUGCCCAAACAAUUCAGUGUUGGUGUUUUUAAUUUUAAGCAACCUUUGACUAAUAUGUACCAAUAUACAGAGCAGUUGUUUUUGCAUUGUGCUAAAUCAAAGGAGCAACUGUUAGUGUUAUAUAUUGACAAAGGCCUAUAAUCUAUCACCAGUAUACAGGAUUUCGGUGCACAUGCAUGUUUAUCACUGAAUACUUUCACCUAGUGUUGUAAUAAUUAUACUGAGUAUUGUCACAUAUUAUAAACAAGUUGUAAAAAUUGUCAUCUACCUGUGGCACAAGUUUAUAUAUAUAUAUAUUAUAGUGUAAGCAAAUAGUUUUUCUUUGUCUGUGAUUUGAACACAUUUCGUCCAUAGAUAUUUUCAUAUAGUAACUUAAUUGAGACUAGAAAGUAUGUGCUAGAACGGUUUUAAUUUUCUUUGUAUUUUGUAAAUUUACGAGAAUGCCAUAGUGACACUAAAAUGUGAUAGCUGUUCUGUAAAUGCUUUGUUUUAUGUGCUCUGGAAUUCAAAUAUUAGUUGAGGAAGGGGAGAUAAAUAUUGGGACUGAAUAUUGAACAGAAUUAGCAUUUUCAGUCAUAAAAUGUGUAAAAUCUAGUUAUUUUGUAACAUGAUGAAAUAUUUUAUGUAGUGUCUACACAUUCUGGGUAUUUGUCCUUGCCUUAACAUUAAAAUAGUUUAAAGUUAAGUUAGUUUUUGAAACUGGAUCCUGCUCUUACUACUCCCCAUGAAAAAUGUAGACUACAGAUAUUUCACUUCCAGUUAAACUGUUGUUAAGCAUCAAGCCAAGGGAUUGACACAGUCUUACUGCUGAAGGCAGGUAGUUGAAAUUAGAACAAAAAUUCAGUUUGGGAAGUUUAACAGUUUACUGGUUGGUUAAGGCAAGUGGCUGCUUAAUGAGGUGACCGACCGCUAAGACAAGUUCAACUGUUUUAGUGACUUGAUCUAAAUUAGAUGUUCUUAAGUGCUGACUAGCUUGGAAAAGUCUCAUCAUUGCUUAUGACAAUAUACAACAGCCAUUUGAUCUGUCUGUUUUUGCAAAUUUCAUCUUUGACUGAUAAGUUAUUAUCACCAAAUCACAUAUGGUCAUCACUUCAUCUGAUUGUUACAAAUUUAAGAAAUAAAAGUUGUCACAUUA